AUGUCUCAGGCCAAGUUCGACAAAGCCGUCUCCAUCAUCCAGAGCCUUCCCAAGGACGGCCCCAUCAAGCCUACCCAGGAUGAUCAGCUCAGCUUCUACAAGUACUUCAAGCAGGCCACCAUAGGUGAUGUGAAUACUGCGCGUCCAGGCUUGCUCGACUUUGUUGGCAAGGCGAAGUGGGACGCAUGGAAGGGCGUCGAGGGCACGUCCAAGGAGGACGCGAUGACGAAGUACGUCGAGAACCUGCUCGAGAUGCUCAAGAAGGCGGACACGGAGGAGUCGAAGAAGCUCGUCGCGGAGCUCGAGGCGGCAUGA